AUGAAGUGUUACCUAAGUGCCCUAGCUAAUCAAAGCAAACAACGCCGAAAACUGAUGCAGUUUAUGCCAGAAUUAAUUGGCCAUCCCCCUAAUAGUUUGCAUUGCGGUAGUUUUAGCUUCUUACCGAGAAAGAACCUGUCGAAACUAAAUGAAAAUAAAAUAGAACAAUUGCAACAUAUAGCAUUCCUAGGUCUAAAAGUCUUGAUUACCAGUUUCCAUAAAGUACUCGGAAAUCAUUGGCUGCUACUGAGUAAAUUUAUCCAAGAAUAUUUCACAACGGAAAUCGUAUUGCAUAUAUAUGUUAAAACUAAAGCCCGAAUCCCAUAUUUAUAUUUAAAGCAGCACAAGACAGAAUUAUUUGAAAAGAAGGACAGAAAUGAGAUCAUGAAGCAGCAAAUUAUCGAAAUUCAGCAAAUUUCAAUGCAGCCUUUCUUUGAUAGCGCAGAAUCUUGCUUAAGCAGACUAUAUGACGAAUUUGAAAAAAUUACGUUUACGAAAUUGGUUUUAAUCGAUAGUGAGAACAUUCAAGACGAUGAAAUUAAUUCUAUACUUGAUACGCCUACAAGUAACAAACUCUUAGUCAGAAGUAAGAGCUAUCCAUUAAUGUUCAACGAAUUUGCUAGUAACCGUGAUGAUGAUGAAAUCGUCCAUCAUGAUCGUAGUAUAACACAAGCUACAGUUUUCUGUUCAAAGCUAAGUAUUAAUAAAGCUAGGAUUAAUUUUAUGAUUGAUAAGCAUCGUUGUAGAACUGAAGAUAUCAAAAAGGCUAAAUCUGCCGAAGAAAUUGUAACAGAAAUAACUUGCUCCAAUGAAAGUGAAAAUUGUAACGAAUGUGACAAUCAGGAUUUACGAGAGACGAUACUAUAG